AUGGAAAUGACUGGAGAUGCGGGUUUUGGCUUUCUGAGGGAUAACCCGUUCAUUAAGAACGAUGCAGCUCAUCGACGAGUGACAAAUUUUCGGCAAAUUCGUGGUCAUUCACCGAGAAAUCUCCAAGAAAAACCGUCUUUCGCUACAGUUACGUUGAAAUCAGUGCAAUUGAAUCGUCCUGAAAGCACGAGUCCAAUGCCACCAUCAAAUAAUUCAAAGCAACAAAGUGAACGCAAAAAUGAUGCAUCAAACUUGAGGGAAAUCUCACGAUCAGCUGACCCACAAAGCCACAAAGCCAAUAAACAACAAAAAAUGAAAAACGAUCUUCCACUGCCACAAAAUUCAAAUUUACUUAAAGCCGCUAAAAAAGCGGAUCGUGAGGAACGCGCCUCGAACGGACCGAACUCUGAGUUUUUCUAUCUCUAUCGACCUUUGACAUCUUUACACGUUGACGCCUUCAUCCGCAUCAGCCAUUGUAUCAUUUUA